UUCUCAUGAAUCGAAGUAUGUGACGUCCGCGCAUCUCUGAUGUCACUGAUUACGACAAUUUCUGCUGUGCACUGCUGUUUGUUUAGUUCGGUUUGGUAUUGGGAAGAUGGAUGAUGUUAGUGUGCACGGUGCUCCGGUGUUAGAAGAAACGUUUUACAUUCUCUCGAAGAAGAACACUGUGUAUCGAGUCAAAUUAACAGAGAAAGGACUCAGUCUGCAAAAGGAAAGUAAUGGUAGUACAAAAAUAGAAAUUAUUAGGAUUAAUGACAUCGUCGGCUGUCGGUGCUUGAGAAGCAAACGGAGAUCAGCUGGAUCUUGUGCAUGUCAUCCAAAUGCUAUUAGAAGAAAUAAUUUAAGAGUUGUAGAUGAAAACUCUAGCGAGCAAGAUGAGAAGGACAUCAGUGCCUAUCUAUAUAUAUACGCGUACGUUCUUAAAAAAAAUAGAGUCAAAUCGGGCCAGAAACGAGAACGGAUGACAAUCACGUUGAGGUUUCGAUCAUUUGACAAAUACGAUGACAACAUGAGGGAAGCUCAAAAGUGGAGGUUGGCUGUCAAAUGCCUCAUCAAGAAUAAGGCAAUUCCAAGGGGCAUACUGACCAGCGAAGAUUCACAAGUCACGGCCCAGUCUUUUUCACACCUGGAGGAGAGGAAGCUGUUGGUGUUGCUGAAUCCAAAGAGUGGUCCAGGAAAAGCACGAGAGAUCUUUCAACAGAGGGUAGUCCCAAUGCUGGCUGAAGCAGAAGUGUGUUUUGACUUACAUGUGACAAAACAUGCAAACUAUGCCAGGGACUUUGUGUGCACAAAAAAUAUUUAUCAGUGGCGUGGUUUGGUUGUGGUGGGAGGUGACGGAAUCAUGUUUGAGGUGAUCAACGGUCUCUUUGAACGUGAAGACUGGCAGAAAGCUGUAAAGGAACUGCCUAUUGGAGUCAUUCCAUGUGGAUCUGGAAAUGGGUUAGCCAAAGCUAUCAGCUAUGCCGUUGGAGAGCCAUAUGACCAGAACCCAGUUCUUAUCUCCACACUGUCUGUAAUAAAAUGCAGGUGUACACCUAUGGAUUUGGUUCGAGUGGAAACGAAGUCUCAGUUCCUGUUUUCCUUCUUGUCCGUGGGCUGGGGUCUCCUGUCAGAUAUUGAUAUUGAAUCCGAAAGAUUACGGGCCAUUGGUGGACAGCGAUUCACAGUGUGGAGUGUUGCUAGGCUUAUAGGACUGAGGACUUACCGAGGAAGACUGUGGUACCUGCCUGUGGCAGGUUGUAAGGUACAGUCUCCACAAAAUUAUGUGAGUGGACUGACUCGCAGUGUAAGCCACUGUGCUGAAACGGGUAACAAACCUCCAGACAUCUUUCCACCAAGUUCAUACACACCUGUCCAUCCUAGCCGCAGCUACCAUGACAGCAUUGAUGUACAUUACCGUCCAUUGCAGGGAGGAUAUUGUGAUGAGGACGCAGCUACAGACUCACUAAGCUUAGAAAACUCACUGGUGCAUACAUUGGAAGAUUCAGGAGAUGGAGUUGAAUCUGGUCGCCCAAGACUGGAUUCAUAUUACUCUGCUGCCUCCCGUCAUUCGGCAUAUUUCUCCACUGCCGGCUCAGAGUACCGGUCUCUGGCAGAUAAUGGUUCAUAUAUGGGUGUCCAAGGAGGCGGAGACAUACAACCUCGCCGGCUCAACAGCAGUGUCCGUAUGUAUGGACCUCCCUCACAACUGCCUGCAUUAACACAACCUGUCCCAGAUCACUGGAGCAGCAUUGAAGGUGACUUCGUAUUGGUUCAUGCAUCUUACCAAUCACAUCUUGGCUCUGACUGCCUAUUUGCUCCUAAUUCCAAAUUGGCAGAUGGAGUAAUCUGGUUGUUGGUGAUUCGUGCUGGUAUCAGUCGGAGCCAGCUACUUCAGUUCCUUCUGGGUCUUUCAUCUGGAACCCACUUGUUAGUUCCCCAAGCAGAAAUGAUUCCUGUUACUGCCUUCAGACUGGAGCCUGAAACAUCAGGUGGACAUAUCACUGUAGAUGGAGAAGCUGUCGAUUAUGGACCAAUCCAGGCAGAAAUCAUGCCCAAUCUUGCAAACAUCAUGUCGAUGUAAGCUGCAGUGUACAAAGAUGGUAUUCAGUGAGAACGAGAGUGUAAAGCACUUUGUUGAAGGCUGUUUUCAUGCCACAAUCCUUUAUUGUUAUGGCAUAUAACAGUAUUGUUGUGAUGUUAGUCCAUUAGUUGGAUAUUUAUGAGUAGUUAUUGUUUAAAGUAAGUCUUCAUGGAUGCUGUCCCAGGACUUCCUUUGUGAUGUAGAUUACAUUCCAAGGACUGAUUUAAUGUUAGGCCUAAUUAUUGUUUGUGCAGAUGCAUAAAAUAUGUAAUAUAUCUGAAAAAAUUUAGUAUAAUUCAAAUGUUACUGGGUCCACCAUCUCACAUGGAACACAUCUUUCUGUAAAACUUACUAAAGGUUAUUCUCUUUAAAAGUUUUGCACAUCAUAUAACUUUUAACUUUUUGAAAGUUCUUCACUGCAUGUUUCAGCCGAAAUGGUUAUCAUCAGAUGUAUAAAAUUAUAGUUGAGGAAACUGCUAUGCUUCUCCUAUUGUGGCUUCAGUUAUUAAUUUUUAAUGUAAGGUCUCCUCUGUGCACAUGUGUAUGUGUAACAUGUAUGAAGUUACCGUUAUUAUUGCUGAUUGCCUGUAUGUGCUCUUUAUAUCUAGUAUGAAACGUUUGGCCUGUCUGUCCUGUAUCUUUCAGUGGGCAACCCAUACAUUUCAUUUGGUAUAUGCUA